AUGGCUAGUUUGUAUAAUUACCAACAAAUGGAUAAUCCAAACUCUGGAUUCUCUCCAUCAACAUCAAGGGUAGGAAAUAGGGCAAUUCCUCAAGCCCUAAAUUCUUCAUCCGUUUUAUCCUUAAGACAACAAAUGGAUGAAAGUAACCAUAAAAUGGUUAAUACGCUGACAUCACAAUUACGAACUGUGUUCAAUCCUUUGAUUAAUAAUACAAAUGAUAGUUACCAAUUGCUAGCAAGUCAAAUGGGUCGAAUUGCAGAUUUCUUUGGCGCUCCCCAAAUGCCUAAUCAACAAUUUCGACCAAUUCAAAAUCAAGUACCUAUUCAAAACCAAAAUGUGCCUGAAAAUAUUGGGGCUCCUGUAAAUCAAGGACACUCACAAGUAGUGGUUCAAGAAGAACCACCAGCCCAAGUAGUGGUUGAACAAAUCCCAAACCAAGGUGUAGUUUUGGUUAACAUAAAUCUAAAUGCUGAAGUUGUUAGAAAUGUGCAACAAAAUAAUUUUGCUGGGCAAAAUAAUUUGGCCUAUUUGGUCGAAACAAUACUUGCGCAGAAUGGCCUUAAUAUGGGUUUACAUAGGCCUGACUUUGUAUCAGCAUUAUUUGAAUGCGUACUUCAAACUGAAUUACCAAGGGGUUGGAAAAUCCCUAAAAUCACAAAGUUUGCUGGAGAUACUGGUGAAUCUACUGUUGAACAUGUUGCUAGAUAUUUGACAGAGGCCGGAGAUUUAGGCUCUGUUUGCCUCAAGGAAUUGGCUAGUGUAAGGCGUAAAACACAUGAGUCCAUUGAUGAUUAUUUGAAUAGAUUCAGACUCCUCAAGGCCAGAUGUUUUACUCAAGUGCCUGAACAUGAGUUAGUCGAAAUGAUUGCUGGUGGCCUCGAUUAUUCUAUUCGAAAGAAAUUAGAUACUCGGUACUUGAGAGAUAUGGCGCAAUUAGAAGAUAGAGUUCGACAAGUCGAACGCCUUAAGGCUGAAAAGGCUAGAACAUCUAAGUUUCAUAAAAAAUAA